AUGACUUCUGCCAACCCAACUGUCUCUGGGUCUGCUACGUUCAGUUUUGGAGAUCACAUUCAUUGGAGAACACUAGAAGAUGGGAAGAAAGAGGCAGCAGCCAGUGGUUUGCCUCUUAUGGUUAUCAUCCACAAGUCCUGGUGUGGAGCUUGCAAAGCUCUAAAGCCAAAAUUUGCUGAAUCCAAGGAGAUCUCUGAACUUGCCCAUAAUUUUGUCAUGGUCAACCUUGAGGAUGAUGAAGAGCCAAAGGAUGAAGCCUUUAGUCCUGAUGGAGGCUACAUUCCCAGAAUCCUUUUCAUGGAUCCCAGUGGAAAAGUCCACCCGGAAAUCAUAAAUGAGAAAGGAAACCCAAGCUACAAGUAUUUCUAUACCAACGCUGAUCAAGUUGUCCAAGGGAUGAAGGAGGCCCAGGAGAAGCUAACGGGUGAUGCUUUCAAACGAAAACACCUGGGAGAUGAACUAUAAUGAAUACACAGAAUGAUCCUUUUCCAUCACUUCAAAACUCUCAAAGGAAAUUAUUAUAAAGACAAAGAAUGUAGGUGCACUGGAGGGACUUAAUUCUCCUGUCAAUAAUGUUAGGUUAAACCCUGUUUGGAGUUCACACAUAUGCAUCAAUUACUGUGUUAUCUCCUUCUCUGCUUGGCUGUUUGUAAUAUAAAGGUUAUUUGCAACUAGGUAGUAUGCAAACACAUCUGUGUAUUGGAGCAGCCACUAAUGUUUGGUGUUAAAAGGGAGGUGUGUACAGCAAAAUUUAAUUUGAGGACAAACAGUGUGAUCAGAAUAACUAGAAUUGGGCAACAUUUUGAUGCUUUACCAGAGUUGGAUCCCUCUUGUCCCACUGGCAUUGUGUGAUCCCAUGGUUUAUACUGGGGAUUCCUAUGAAUGGGGCAUGUUAUUGGGCCAGGUUUCUAGACAUCCUAAAUCAUGAAUUCUGCCACUAAGCCAAGUAGAAAAUAUAUAUCAUGAAUGUCCAAGUAGCAUGUGAAAUUAUUAGCUCUGCAAACAUAUUUUUGUGUAGAACUGUGUGUGUUUCAUCUUUAUUUGCCUUUGGGCAGAAAGUUCAUUUUUUCCUCGUGCACUCACCUUUUGAUUGUUUCAUCAAGUGAGGGUGGGUUAUGUUGAAGCUUUACAGGGGUUCCUCUUUUAUUCUUUGAAUGUUUUUUGGCAGAUGCCUUGCCAUCACAUUGUACUGUAUUUUUGUACCAGGGUGAAAAAUUAAACCUUUUUAAAC